UUAAGUGUUUGUACCAUGGAAUUAGAAAAGAACGACGAUGUUAAAAGCAAAAGGAGAUGCUUCAGUCAGACCUCCCAUCUUUUUUCUUGUUCUGAGGAAGCUGAGCACACACUCGUCAGAGACAUUGCAUUGUCAGAGGAAAGCUUACCUUAUUUAAGUUCAUCUUUAGAUGCAGACAUUGAAAUGUAUACUAAAGAGAGAAUGAGAAUUUGCUGUGCACAGGUAGAUGAAAGCAAGAAAGAAGCUGAUAUGUUGGGAAGGUCAUGUGACAAUAUGCACUUUAAUUGUGGGGUGUGUGAUGAUUGCAGACAAAGCCAUUUAGGUGAAGAUUCACAGCUGGAGUAUCUCAGUGCUCACGAACAAGAUUUUGAUGAUAGGAAUAGCUCAAGUGAGUUUUCUGAGCAAAGGGAAACUAUAGGAAUCGAAACCUUAAAGCUGAUAGACCCAGGUCAUGAAGUUCCAGGCGGUGCAGUCACACAGAAGCAAAAUCUCAUUGACAUGUCAGAAGAUUGUUCUGCUUCUGAGUAUGGUGUAGGUGACCAGACCUGCCCAGAAGCAGCUAUGCCAGAGCUUCCCCACAUGCUUCAUGACUCUCUGUCUCUGCCAGAUUGCAAUGGCAUGAGUUAUGAUCAUCAGGAAGAGCAAACAGAGUAUCAUAGUGUUGUUUGUGGAAGUAUACUUGAAAGUCAUUCAUGUGGGAAUAGAGAAAGGGUCUGUCCAAAUCGGCUUGUAUAUGGCAGUUUAGAAAAUGGAGAGGUGAAAGACAUACCACUGAUGGACAGCAUGCUGCCACCCCAAAUCGCUACAAGCAAAGAAGUGUCUGAAAAGAAUGAUAGACACAUUCACAGUGUCUCAGUGAAGAAAGACAAUCCUUUACUGUCAGCAAGGGAAAGAGCCCCUGCAGUAGCCCUGCAAUUUUGUGAACCUGCGGGGGAUUCUGAUUUCUACAGUUGUGAAGAAUCUGGUAUGUGUGCACAUGGUACCAGCUGCCUUGACUGCACUGCAAAGGAUGCUGAAACCCAAUUUCUGGUCUCUGCAAUUCUCCCUAGCAAGAACCCCUUUUUUGGGGUGGAAGUUGCAGAUAAAUCCUCCCAUGGAAAUACCAGCUGUCUGAACUCGGAGCAUCGUGAAACCUUGAAAAAUGUUACCAGUGACUCUAUGGUUAACCAGGCUGUUGAUGCGAGUUCUGAUUUUAGAGCUUGCUUUACAACAAGCAGAAGUACCAGUGCUCAGGUUUGUCACUCAUCCAGGGCUACUAAUACAGAGAUAACAAUGAUGAACAAAUCUCGACCCGUGGGAUGGCGCCAUGAAAGGUGUGCAGACGUUGCUUGCAAUACAGACUGGUCAUGUGGAGCUGGUGGCACAGAGGAAAUUCCAUUGCAGCUUACUGACACACUGGAAAAACAUUCAGAUGGCAAUACUGCAACAGCUGAAAGAAGUUCACAAAUUCAGGAACAGUGGGAAUCAAAAAAUGAGCUGUGUAGCAGUGAUUUAAAGAUAAGCACUGACAGGCCGGUACACCUUGACAAACAAGCUGUGAAGAAUUCUACAUCAAGCUACUGUCAAAAAAUACUGCAGAGAGCAAUUGAAGCAGAAUUGCAGAUUCUAAACAUUCAUUAUCAGAUGUGUUAUCGGCACUGCUUGAAGAUUUACAAACUGGCUUUGGAGGAAAACACAGGUUUUAGCAGGCACGUACUUUAAUGUAAUGGCAAUGCUGAAUUAAGUUCAUCUCUCAUGUUGGUUUUGGAAGAGGUAAAAAAGAAUUACAGCAGUAUGAGAAUGAAAAUAAAAAUGGGCAUACCUUUAAAUGCGCUUCCACCGCUAUCAGUUGAGAUGAAGUUGUUCCCAAUCUCUUCUUCUUAUGUCCCCUGCAAGUUGUUCAGAGAGGAUCUUUGCUAUGAUCCUGUUUCAGGCACAAGAAAAGCUGACUUUGAAGUACCAAAACUGCAAGAAAGGAAAAGUUCUGUCAACAUGGUAGGGACUACUUCUUCUUUCCUAGACAUUAUGUUGGACAAUCCACAAACUGUAUGUUUAACUGGUGGCUGUCAGCCAAGUGACUGUACUUCCUCCAAGACAUUUGAAGAACAACAUAAAGAUCAGGACAUGGAACGUGGCUGUGUGAAAAAUGAAGAAAGGAAUGAAUAUUGGUUUGAUGCUAAAGAGGAGUUGACAGUAGCAGAUUUUUCAGUAAUAUCUGAAGGAACAAAAAAACAACAAGAAAAACAAGACACAGUUGAUUUAAGAGGUGAGGUUAUAAUGGAGAGUGGAGAUGAGUGUUCUUUUAUUCGUGUUGGUGGCCUAAAUUCCUCAGUGUCAGAGGGUGAUUUAAGAUCACAUUUCCAGAAGUAUCAAAUUUCUGACACUCUUACCUCUGUGGAUUCUAGUAACUACAGAUACCCAUUUCUUUCCUUUAAAGACACUAAUAAAGCAAAGUUAGCUGUAGAGGAAAUGAACCAGAAAAAAAUAAAAGGAAGACCAGUAAGUGUUGAACUUGUAGAUACUUCAUCACAGAAUAAAUAUUUGGUUUCCCAAGUACUUACAAAUAAGCUUUGGCAUGAAAACCAACCUGUUGAUAACAGUCAAAGAAAUCAUCAAGACAAAACACUUGCUUCAGCCUCCAAUUCUGUGAAAGCACCUGACGCCACCUCUGCUUCUGAGAAAAUGCAUCUCCUUCCCAUAACUUCUUCAGAAAUUUCUUGCUCUACACAAGUACGUUCAGAAACAGAGUGCACUGGUCUGAAAUCAUCUACUGAAGAUUCUGUACAUUAUUUGCUUGGAGUUAAUCAAAAGGAUACUGGAGAAAAUUUCCUCCAGAAAACAUCUGCUCCUUUCUCCACUAAUUCAUAUGAUGCCUUUAUUUCUCCUAAUACGUUGAACUUGAGCAGCUUUACCAAAUUAAUGAAGAAACUUCAAGAAAUUCAUCCAGAGGCUAGCAGAGACAAAAUUGUGGAUGCUCUGCUGGAGGUGAGGAGAAACAACAAAGGUAUCCUAAGCGGCUUGUCCAUCAAUUCUAUUGCAGAAAGGACCUCUCUUAUUCUGAGGAAAUCGAUGCCCAGUUGUGGGUGGGAAAAGCAAUGGAGGCGCAGGGGAGGCAGCGAGGGCUUCAUUUUAGAAAACCAGGCUUCGGAGCUGGCAGCGCUGGUGGACGUGGUUACGUUACCUGCCUUCGGUCGUGCCGCCAUCUGCCGAAGCAAGGCGUUGCUCUGCGGAGAAAGCAGCCGCCCUCGGCCCGGCCGGGGGAGGGAGGCGCGGCCGCAGCCCGGGGCGGUGUGCCGGCCGGGGCCCGCCCCUGGCGCGCAGGAGGGCCGCCGGCGCCGAGCCGCCCCCUCGACCCCCCGGAUCCGAGGAGGAUCCUGUUCUGCCGUCCCGCUCCUUCCCGUGGGCCGCCGGUACCCCGCCGGGACCGGGACCGGGACCGGGACCGGGAGCGGGAGCGGGAGGGCUGGCUGCGCGGGGCAGAGCGCGGCGGCGGCGAUGGCCCUGCUCCCGCGGCGGUUCUUCUGCUUCGUGCUGGCCCAUCACUUCAUCACGGCGACGGCGUGCCAGGAGGCGGACUACGGCUGGAUGAUCCGGCACUACUGCCUGAAGCAGUUCCAGCUCAGCAUGGAGGGCAUCGGGCAGCGGCUCUGGUGCGACUGGGACGAGACUGUGGGCACCUACGGGGAGCUGACGAACUGCACGGCGCUGAUCGCCGAGAGGCUCGACUGCUACUGGCCCAACCGGCUGGUGGACGAGUUCUUCGUGGCCGUCCAUAAGCAGUACUUCAGGAACUGCUCCCCGUCUGGCCGGGCGCUGCACGAUCCCCCCAACGGCAUCCUCUGCCCCUUCAUCCUGCUGCCCGUCCUUGUCACCCUGCUGAUGACCGCGCUGGUGGUGUGGAGGAGCAAACGCAGCGAGGGCAUCGUGUAGGGACGCCCUGCCGCCGACACAGGGGAGGGAUGGGGGCACCGCCCCCCCAGAACGUGCCCGUUUUUUGGAAGGACCCUGGCAGAGGAGCAUCAUGGUGGGUACCAAGCCCUGGAGACAGAGACAGCAACACUACCGCUUCUCCCUCACCGGUACCCUCCGCACCACGCACAUGCCAUUCGCCCGGCGGUUUCCAAAUAAAUACAUCAUUUAAGACGCGGUUGUUUGGCAAUACAGGAUGCCGGUGGCCAGCAAGGCAUGGGCUGUCCCAGCAGCGGGGAGCCCUCUUGGGGUACCGGGGAGCACGGCUCUCCCUGGGCAUCGGCACCACCACAGCUCUGCUCAGCCUUUCCCAGUAGCUUCCCUCCGAGCCCCCCCCCAGCAUCACGUACCAAAAGAUGAACAUUUUUAAAGGAAAAAAAAAAAAAAAAAAAAAAGGUGUGUGUGUGAAAUCCUGCCAGCCCCACAGUGCCGGCACAGCGUAACGGUGAGGCCGGUGGGUCUGGGUGCAACCCUGGGCAACGAAACCACCACAGCUUCCUCUUUUUGUCCUUUUUUUUCCACACCAGGAAAGGCAUCUUCUCCCCCAGCCUCCAGCACAAGGACCAGGCCUGCACGGGUGGGGUUCGCCUAGGAGAUGGGGAGCAAUGGGUGACAGUCAGCAGUGGGAAGCUGGUGGCACUGGUGGCAGCACCGGUGGUGGCCUUGGCGGUGCCCUGGGGCUAACAAGCAACGGGAAUAAGGUGCUUUUCCUACCUAAAUAAAUACAUACAUAAAUAAACCA